AUGCCCAUGCGCCAGGCCGCCAUUCGCUCCCAAGGCUCAGUGCUAUGCCACAGACCUUACCAAGUCCAAAGCAAUCUGAGCAGCUUUUGUCCCCGCUUGGCCCCUGCCCUGAAGGACACAACUGGCCAACUAGGUGACCCAGGUCUCUGGCAGCAGAGUAACCUGAAGCUUCCCGCAGGGAGGUCCCAAUCGACGAGGGCCCAAGAGCCCUUUGCACAGCAGAGUAACCUGUGCUUCCGAGGGAACGCCAGCCCCCAUCUGCGGAACAGCUGCCUGCCACCAGCUGGCCCACCCUCCCACCAGAGGCAGACACUCCGGGCCACGGACACCCUCUGCUUAGACCUGAGACUCUCUGGGGGCUUGGCUCCUCUUGAUGGGUGUAUAUGGCCUGGCCCCAGGCCCUGGUGUGCUUCAGGGAGCUGGGCACCCAGGCUUGUGGGGGAGCCCCUCACAUUGGAGGACCUGUCUGUCUGUGCCCACAGCCAGUCUUGGGUCUCAUCCCGUUCCUCGUGCAUCACUGACCACUGGCUGCUGGACUCUAUCCAACACCUAGAGCCUGUGGCAACCCGUUCAAGGAGCCCGACAUGCCAGGAACACCCAGGCCCUACACAUAGGAGGGCCCACACCCGCAGUAGCCAGUCAACCCCUACUCAACCUUGGCCCAACCACCCUAGGGAAAGUAUAAAUCUCCUGGAGACUCUCAGGGUCCAAGCUAGACUCUCGGAGUCCCCUAACAAGGCUCAAAGUGUUGGGACCUCAGAUCCCCAGGCAGUGUGCCAGAAGCUGCUGUCCAGAUGUUUCAGAGCCUGGAAGCAUUUGUCACAGAGGCACCAGGCAGCAGCUAAGGCCAUAGCUCUGAGACACAGGCAGCUGAUGCAAAAGAGCCUAAGAGUACUGCGUUGGGUCCAACGGCUCCGGCUCCGGCUCCAGGAGGCCCAGCUGGAGGCAGCAUGGGAGCAAAGUGCAGAAGCGCUGCUGGCCUGGGGCUUCCAAGAGAGGAAGCCCUUCCUUGGGAAGAAAAGCAGCCAUAGACCUUGCCUGGAAAUGCAGGUGAGCGUGGACACCAAGACUGAGCGAUGUGGCCUAGGCAGCUGGUGGCCUACCCCCACCCCCACCCUGCCCCUGUCCACCAGCUUCUUCCACAGAGAACCAUGGUGCUUCAGGGCCUGGCAACGGUUUGUGCAAAGAGGGGCCCAGUGCAGGAGACACCUGGCCCACCAACGGGUGAGGAUCUUGAGGGUAUGCUUGGGACAGUGGAUGGAGAUGAAGCAGCUCCAGGCCUCAGAUGUGACAAAGGUGACUCAGUUGUCCCUCUGGAAUAAGGCCCUCGGCAUCUUAGUCCCAGGAACCACCACCUCCUAUUGCCUGGAGACAGUGGUCCAGGCGCAGCAGCUGCCCCAGGAGCCAGAUCCGUGCUCCCUGUGGGAAGCCUGCCAAAGGUUGGCUCUGCACCGGGUCCUGCUGCUCUGGAGGACACGACUCUACCAGCACCAGCAAGCUCUCCGAGUGAUCCAUUGGCUUCAACUGAUCAUGGCCUUCCCGCUGGGUUCCCUCACAGCAGCCCUGUCCCUGUCGUGGGUGCUGGGGGUCCCAGAGACUUACCUGCCCCCCUCCCCCAGCUCCUUUUUCCAGGGCAUGCAGAAGCGGGCUCUGCAGCACAUCCUGAGCCAGUGGCACUUAAGAGCCUGGGGUCCGGAGCCUCCCUCAAGCAGCAUGGAGACCAUGUUAGCCCUGCAGCCAUGGGGCAACAGCCCGAGAGGGGAAGCCUGGCUGGGCCUCGGAACAUCAGGAGGGCCACUGGAGAAGGUGCAGGUCCAGCAGACCCAGAAUGCAGUGAGGCUGUACCGCCUGUCCUCCUCAGCUCAAGGGCCCUGGAGAGAGCUAGCUGCUCACUGGGGCUGAGAUCAGAGCCGCAGGGCUGUGAUGGGUCUGUGGUGGCGGCCGCUGGUGCAGUGAUGGGCAGUGCUGAAGAGAUUCCAGGAGCAGGGCAGGAUGGAGCAAGUGGCCCUGAGCUGCUGGCUCUCCUGCUGGCAAAGUGAGCCAAGGAAUGGCUAUUUCCAGGCCUGGUGUGAACACGUGAGGGACAUAGGAGUGUCCCAGGACCAUUGUCAAGCCUUCCAGGACGACCUGAGAGGAGACCUGGGGGCCACAUUUGCUAGCUCACAGGAGGCCUGCAAAGUAGGGCCCCAGGCACAGGAUCCAUGCGUGGCCCAGGCCUCUGUCCUGGGCUGGAGAAGCUUUCUGCAAGAGUGUGGAACUGACAGGCAGCUGAGGAAGGCCCAGGCCUGGCAGGCUUUUGCAGUAUGGCGAGUCUCCCUGGGGCAGUCCCGUGAGGCUCAGCAACAGGAGGGAAGGAGCUUUCAAGUCCUGAGCCCAGUCCAGGUGGCCCUGUGCUGGGUCCCUUGGAUGCAUGAUUCCUACCUAGGCCAGGUCCACCAAGCUCACGCUGCCCAGCAGCUGACAUCCAGGUGAGUAUCCAAGGCCCAAGCCCAACCUCAAACCAUGCUUCCAGCUCAGCUUUUGAACUUGGUUUUGGUAAGGGUGGAGCAUAUUGGGUGUCUGAGUGGUGCCUGCUGAGUGUCUGGAUGGCUGGGGGGCUGGGGGCGGGUGCUGACACAUGGAGUGGAUCCCAAUCCUGUCCCCUUUAGAGUGACCCACCCUUGGAAAAGCUGCCGACAUUAACGGCCUUGCCUUGUAGCCCUGCCGAGUGUGCUCAGUGCAGCAAAGGGGCAGUUGGCUGGCAUCUUGCCAGGGGAGGGGAGCAGGGUGUAGCUGUCAGUUAGAAUUGUCCCUUUAGACAGGAUGCUUGUCCCUCACGUGUGUGAUAUUCUACUCAUUUCUGAGACUUUCCGUGCACAUUUCUUGGAUUAUCCAGCAUAGGGGUGGGAGAAGGCCCAGGCCUGGGCAUUGGUGUUUUGCAGAGCUCUAGAAACCUGGCUCUGAUGGACACCUCCUACUUCUCCAGGGUCCUAGAGGCCUGGAUGCAGUUAGCAGGCCAGGCCCACAUCCAUCGAGCUGAUGUCACCCACUGUUGGUGGAGGCUUCAGUGUCUCUUUAGGACCCGCUGGGUUCAGUGGCUCUCAACUCCAUUGAGAUGGUGGCUGGAGCCACAGACCCAGGCACAGAACAUGGACUUCAGGCACUGGCUGAGGCUGGCCAACAGAGGGUGCCUCCUGCAACUGGACACCCCAAACUUUUUGAUAGAGGUGAGGUGAGCCCAGGGGUGUGUGUGCGCACGCACACAUGUGUGGGUGUGUGUGCGCACGCACACAUGUGCGCAUGCACGCUUGUACUGUGUGUGUGGGGGGAGUCAUUUCCUCGUCUUAAAAUCAGCUGGUUUCUGUCCACAAUGGGAUUGCGGCUCUAGGGGCAAACAGACUUACAGACACCACCAACCCUGCUCUGGGUGGCCAGCAAGAUGGUGGAGAUUGGAGGACCCAUCAGCAAACGUCUGGAGUGACGACAGCCUUGUGCAUGUCUGGUUACACAGGGCCUCUGUCUAUUGAGGAAAUGGACACAGAUUUUUAAAAGUGUUUGUGGCUGAGCAUAUUAGUACAUGGCUUCAGUUCCAGCACCAAGAAAGCAGAGGCAGACAGAUCUCUAUUGAGUUGGAAGCCAGUCAGGCUGCGUUGUUUGUUAAAAAAAUAAAUUUUUUCAAAAAGACAAAUAAUUUAAAAAAGGUAAAGGUGCUUGCCAUGCCAGCCCAGUAACUGACUUAAGGUGGAAGGAGACAAUAAACCCCACACAGUUGUCCUCUGGCCUCACCAUGUGUACCAAGGCAUGCAUGCCUCUCCCCACACUCACCACACACAUUAAUCUUAUUUUAUUUUUAUUUGAGACAGGGUUUCUCUGUGUAGCCCUGGCUGUCCUGGAACUCACUCUGUAGACCAGGCUGGCCUCAAACUCACAGAGAUCCACCUGC